AUGCACGUCAAGUCCUUCCAGAAUCCCCUCCUGCUGGGUUUCUUUCUCCACGGACUCCAGCCGUGCUUGGCUCAAAUAGUCCCGCCAGAGCGUUGCGCCACAGGUGUCCACGCCAUUCUCAUUCGGGGACAAGGGCCUGGCGAUCAUCUGAAUGUGAUGGUGUCUGUCCAGAACCUGAUCCUGCAGCUGAUUCCGGGCUCGAGUAGCGUCGACCUGCCGUACAAGCACGGCGUGGACGACCAUCGAAUCGCCGCCGCCGAUGGCGCUUCUCUCAUGCAGGAGUAUAUCCGGUACUAUGCAGCGAGUUGUCCGAACUCCAAAAUUUUCGUCCAUGGGUACUCGUUGGGCGGAGUGGUCAUGAUGGACGGACUUUGCGGGACGAGUUCGCAGUGGCUCUUCCCUGUCUCCGCACUGGAGCCCCGGUACAACAGGACUGUGAUCGCGGCUGUAUCCUAUGGCGAAGAGACGUUUGUCCCCGGGGUUCCGUACAGCGUCGGGACGUGCACUGACGGAACUGGGACUUCCGGCUGGUACUUCCGGCUGGUGUCUGGGAUCUAUCCACGCAUCCAUCCUGAAUGGUGCGACGCAUACGCAGCCUCGCUGAGAAGCUACUGCGACGAGGAUGACGCGACCUGCUGUUUCCGAAUCCCGCCGCCGGACAACCUUGCUCACUUUCUCUAUAUUUUCCGAUACAACAUGGACGUGCUUCACUUUGUGCAGCAGCGCCUGAACGCGACUCGGUCACAAUAA